AAGUAUUAUUUAUUUCUUUAUUUUGAGGGCUUGUAUUAGUUUUAGUAUACAUAAUCACUGAUCAGUCUUGCAUUCUACAUAUGUAGACACAAACUGUGCCCUUUCUUCUUCUUGUUCUUCUUUCUUUAUCUUCUUCUGCUCAACCUUUUUCCUUACAAAGCAUCUUCUUUUCUUAAGCUCAAACUUUUUGGAGAGUUCUUCUAAUAGACUUGUCUCUUGCUUUAGAUAAGGAACCAACUUAUUGAAACUGUGGAAGUUAAGGGUUUUAAGAAGAAAAUGAGUGCUUCAAAGUUCAUUAAAUGUGUUACUGUUGGAGAUGGAGCUGUUGGGAAAACCUGUAUGCUUAUUUGUUACACCAGUAACAAGUUCCCUACUGAUUAUAUACCCACAGUAUUUGAUAAUUUCAGUGCUAAUGUGGCUGUGGAUGGGAACAUUGUCAAUUUGGGAUUAUGGGAUACUGCAGGUCAGGAGGAUUAUAGCAGACUGAGGCCACUGAGUUACAGAGGAGCAGAUAUAUUUGUUUUGGCUUUCUCAUUAAUUAGUAGGGCAAGUUAUGAAAAUGUUCUUAAGAAGUGGAUGCCUGAACUUCGUCGGUUUGCACCAAAUGUUCCAAUUGUUCUUGUUGGUACAAAAUUAGAUCUUCGCGAAGACAGAGGAUAUCUAGCUGAUCACAUGAAUUCUAACAUCAUAACAUCUGCACAAGGAGAGGAGCUGAGGAAGCAGAUUGGUGCAGCAGCAUAUAUUGAGUGUUGCUCCAAGACUCAGCAGAAUGUCAAAGCUGUUUUUGAUACUGCAAUCAAGGUUGUUCUUCAACCUCCAAGGAGGAAGGAGAUAACAAGGAAGAAGAGGCGUCAUAGUUCUGGCCGUGCAAUUGCGAGCAUCAUGUGUGGAGGCUGCGUUGCGUAGGGCACAACAGUCGUUUUGGCUGCAUGGAACAGUCGUUUUGCAGAUGACCAUUUGGGUGGUGAUUUGGCAGCCGGUUACAUGUUUAAAUUUGUAUGGUUUUGUUUGUAUUGUAGCCUCCUCAGUAACCAUGUCUGAACCAUCUUACAAACUGAUUAAGAACAGCCUCAGAGGGAAUCGUUCAUUCUCUCUUAAUUCUAUUGUACUAUUGGUCAAGUAAAUUGAAUUCCAGGAUGUUGUAUUUGAUAAACUACAACUUUUUUUGGGGGGUUGUUUGUUAUGAA